AUGGUGCCGGUGGGCGGUGUAUUCGUAGCUGUGGUCGUUAGGCUGAUAGCUACUCCCACCGACCGCAAAAUCCUCCUUUCCAGUCCGCCCCCGUCCCUACCACCUGCUCUCUUGCUCUACGGUCGCGAUGAAUUCAUUCAGGAUGCUGUUGGCAAAAUCCUACAAAGAUCCGAGGUCAAGAAACACGUAGCCAUCAGAGCUGGCCCUGGAAUGGGCAAAACUGCAGCCGCCACUGGAAUCAUGCACCAUCCUCGUAUCGUUCAACAUUUUGGGAACGCACGUCACUGGGUUGAUUGCCAUGAAGCAUCUGAUAUUCUAGAUGACUUGAAGGCCCAAAAGCUCCUGGAUUUCAUUACUCACAGCCUUGACCUCGAUCUCACGGCGUUAAGUGACAGCCGCAAGAAUAUCAAAUAUUUCCUGGACAAUAAUGAUGUCCCCCGUAUCAUUGUACUAGACAACUUUGAAACCGUGUGGGAGCCUCCCAGCGCACAGAAAGAGACUGAGGGCGUCUUGACAUUCUUAGCCCGGUUCCCUCGGCUCACAAUUAUCAUUACAACUCGCAAUGCUCAUGAUCCCGCCACCCAUCGUGGUGUAUUGUGGCACCAGUUUGAGUCCAUCCAACCACUAUCAUUAAAUGCAUCAAGAAUGCUGUUCACGAGCCUGUCUCCCAGCAAAUCUAUUGACAGUCGCCUUGAUGCUCUCCUUCGUGCAGUUAAUUACAUCCCUCUACCUAUCGUCCUCAUGGCAUCAUCUGCACAAGAACACUACACGACUUCGAUGAUCCUGGAAAUUUGGAACCGUGGCCUAUCCAAACACAAUAUCAAUGAGAGCCAGCCCAACUAUGAUGAUAGUGAUCCCUUGAACAAGCUCGACCACUCCGUUGCCAUUUCCCUUAACGGUCCUUUGAUAAAAUCCAACCCAAAAGCUCCUGAGCUCCUCCGUAUUAUUGCAGGUCUACCUGGAGGAAUUGGACGCAAGAAUCUCCAGAGAAUUGUUCCACUGAUUGAUGAUGUUGACCGUGUGGCAGCAGUCCUUAUCCGAACCUCCCUGUUAAUGAAUUCUCCUGAUGUUCUGCAAAUGCAUUCUACAAUCCGUUACCACAUGCUUCGCAAUUAUCCCCUCAAUGCCUCCUACAAGGAGGGCGUUGAGGCAUUCUACUUCCAGCUGAUCCAUAAUGCGAGAGGCAAUCCAGGAACUCAAGGUUUCAUAGAACAUAUUCGCAAUCUCUCUGAAGAAGAAACCAACGCCGAAACACUUCUUCUAGAUGCUUUGGAGCACAAUUUUAGCACCUCAGUUUCGAUCUCCCUGGAUUACUCCAACUACCUCACAUGGAACGUACCGCGCCUAGAUGUACCCAAGAAGACUUUGGAACUGGUAAGAACUUAUCAGCAGCUGAGAGAUGCAGAUUCAUGGCUGCCCCUUGCCCUGCUACGCCUUGGAACAGUAUAUUUCAGACUAAAUGAUUUCCCUAAAGCAAUUGAGGCUUUACAGGAAGCUCUGGGUCUGUACGAAAAGCUCAAUGACUUGAAUUGGGUUGCCCAAGCUCAGUUUCUACUCGCAGAUAUUGCCCGCCUUCGAGGUGAACACGCUGUUGCUUUUCAAUUAUUUUCCGAGGCAUACAAACGUUUUGAAGAUGUGGAUGAUGCUCGUAACAUGGCUGCUUGCCUCCGCGGGACAGGGAUCACUUACUUCCUGGUUGAUCGUCGCCCGGAGGCACUGGACACGAUCUCAACGGCGCAAAAGACAUGUUCACCUGAAGAUUACACCUGCAUCACCGACUGUGAACGCGAAUUGGGAAGGAUAUACAGAGUUGACAACCAGACGGAGUCAAUCAGGUUGUCUGCAAAGGCAAGGGACUACUAUCUGGUUCACGGCCCUCAGAGGCAUGCCUCGAUUGCUCUAUAUCAGAAAUCAGUCGCCCUAUAUUUGCAGGGAUACUACAACGAGGCAGAGGUUGGACUCGACGACGCAUUUCAAGAAUUUAAGUCCUCAAGGAAUGACGGGCAGAUGGGUUACUGUGUCUUCCACCUUGCUGAACUGAAUAAGAUGCGAGGAACCUACCGCAAUGGACUGGAACUGUACCGCCGUUCCGAAACCAUGUUUGAACACAUGCAAGGAAACAAGUUCAUGGUUGGCCUCUCUCUUAGAGGGCAAGCUGAACUAUACGCCAAGCUUUGCCAGCCAGACAAAGCAAGGCAGGUAUAUAACAGUGCCCACACCCUUAUGAAGGAGCUAGAUGUAAUCGACGAAGCAACAGUCGCAAAUGACAUUCAGAACAUAGAUGUCAUCUGUGAUCCCGCCAUAUGGCGUCGUAAUGUGAUUUUCAAGCAUCUUCCCUUGUUCCUCGCGUGCAUGGUCAUAUGCUUGCUACUUGUCCGGAGGCAGUGGCGUUAUCCGAAGAAAAAACAGCUGCAAGAUAGGUCUCUGGAGCUAGGGCAACAAGGAUAG